UACAGGGAGUUAUAUUGCUGUCAUACACUCGUUCGUUCGUCAAAAACGCCAUAAAUGCCUACAACAUCCACUUGUUCGCGAAUUUUUGCGUCAAAAGCUGAAUUUUUCAGUGGGGCGAGGAACGUAUUUUCUGAAUGCUUUUCUUUAUUUUGUCUUCCUGGUACUUCUUACAACACACGUGGGAUUGUACGCACAAGAUACCUUUAGUAUGCACUCACCGGGAAUGAUCUUUCUUACUGUGGUGAUUUUGCUGUUGUGUUCGGCAAAUCUAAUUAAGGAAUCAUUUCAGCUGUUAACUAACCUGCCAACUUACAUAAAAGAAUAUGGUCUCAACAACAUGCUGGAAUGGAUAUUGUAUAUUUGCACUUUCGUGUUUCUCUUGCCAAUUAAUGAGAUCAAAACCAAAUCACAAAUCGAGGCUGGCGCAAUUUCUAUUUUCCUUGCCUGGAUUAAUUUUAUUUGGUUUUUAAAACGGCUACCAAUUUUUGGUAUAUACGUCGUUUUAACAAAGAAAGUUUUCUUAUCUUUGAUAAAGGUUUUGCCAGUUGUAAUUCUAUUUAUUGUUGCUUUUGCGAUGACGUUCUUGUUGCUAAGAAGCAAGGAUCAUGCAUUUAGUACUAUACCUUGGUCUGCUCUAACAACCUUGAUCAUGAUGGGCGGAGAGAUUGAUUACCGUGACGUUUUUGUGGAUGACCAAUCGCCCGUUUAUGUAAUUCAAUGCAUGUUCCUGGUGUUGUUCUUUCUUGUUAUGAGCAUUGUCGUCAUGAAUGUGUUUGUUGGAUUAGCAGUUGGGGACAUCGGAGAAAUGAUGAGAAGAAGUGAAGAAGAGAAACGUCUUCAUCGAGCACGAUUGUACAUUGAGUUUGAAGAAUCGCUAUUAAAACUUCCAAAGUUUUUCAGACCUGAACAGAUCAAAAGCGUCACAAAUAUAGAGUGGGUUCCUCAAAUAGAAGAGGAAACAGACAAUGACGAGAUGAAGUCAGAAUUGAAGAUAAUAAAAAAUGAUUUGUCAGAAUUAAAAAGGGAUAUGGAAUCAAUCGCGCUUCUUCUAAAAGAGAGGAGUGAGACAUACAAAGGUGACGAGGUAAAAUCGUAAUAUUUAUAUUGGUGCAACUUCAAAUUUUGUAGAUCUGUUCCCACCUUUAAAUGAACAUCUUACAUUUUCAUUAUCCUAUACCAGGCCAGAAGGAAUGAUAAUAGUAUUUCUUAUACUAUAAUGCUAUACUCGUUGGGGUUUUCUUAAUACGCUGUGCUACACAAAAAUUAAUGUGAACUUUAAAUUCAAUGUGUGCAACUCUUAAAAAAUGUUGCUGAAAAAGUGAUUUAGUUUAAACACGGAAAGCUCGCUCCAGUUCAAAGUGUGAAGCCAAGCAUGGCGGAUCAUGAAGGCUGCUUGGGUACCGAACCAGGCCUCCACGAAGCGUAAAAUGCGCAAACCGCGCGUGGAAAUUCAAAACACGAAUUAUAAAACUUGACGAAAAAUAAAAAAACUCACAUUUCGGACGUUACAAAGUUUUUAAAACGACGUUUUUAAAAAUGAAUACAUACAAUUUUUACAACCUUACCUAUAGCAAUGUUAUUCUUUCUAGAGAGGUAACUUAUGCCAUAUAAUUGUGUUGUGUUUAUAAAACUAACCGAGUUCAACUCCUACACGUUGCUGCCAUAUUGAAUUUUAACCUUUCGUGCGCGGAGGUCUGGUUCGGUACCCAAGCAGCCUUGAUGAUCCGCCAUGUUCGGCUUCACUUUUAGAUUACGCAAUGUACUAGAGCGAGCCUUCCAUAUAAUAUAUAGAGUUCACUGGUACACGCAUACAGUGUUAAAAUCAGUGGCGGAUUCAGGGUUAGGUAGAAUAAAUUACUGCAGCUCAAAAUCGGUAUCGCAUUGGUAGAUUUUUAUUUAAAAAUAUUCUUUAGAAAUCCAUGACCAAUUGCGUUGUUUUUAAGGUAUUUUGAAUUUAGAAUUAAGCCUUGUAAUUUAUUCUGCCUAACCCUAGAUCCG